AGCCAAUCGUCGUUUUUCCCGGUUAUCCCCAUCCACAUGAACAGCAAACCAGCACAAGUCAGGCAAGUUCCAACAACUGCAAUCAGUCGAGGUGUUGAAGAGUUGGAGGUAACGUUACGUGCAGCGGAGUCUGGAAAAAUUUCUUUGCAACUGACGCGACCUCUAAGCUGGAGCACACGAACUAUUUUAGCCGUUUCCCCCCUUUGCCCCACCCCUCCCAGUGAACACAUAAUUUGUAUACACUUUCAGGGGCCUGGUCAGUAUUCGUCUUUCCACCGUUAGUUCAGUGUGGUUGAUAAUUGUUGCACAAUCAGCAACCACUAAAGUGCUUAUCUGUUUUUCUUAUCAUUUUGAAAAACCAUUAGAAUGGAAGCCCGGGGGAAAGGAAGAGGCUACGGCCGUGCACGCGGCCAAGCUGCUGGACAACAACAACAGCAGCAGCAACAACGUCCUGGAGGAAGACCUGGGGGUGAUCAAGGUCAACCCGCACCACGUGGUCCGCCACAAAGUGCUUGGGUACGACCGGCUCAACCAACGGGUUCAGCAUGGCCACGGCCCCAAAUGGGGAGCGCUCCCCAGCAACAGAAGCCUCAAGUUGCAGGACGAGGAGAGAGGCAGGAAUUCGACCAGGGCGCUGUGCCCCGAAGAGUAAUUGCGGGCGAAGGAGAUCAAGGAAACCAAGAGGGUUCCCAAGGCGCCGCUCGCGGUGGUGGAGCUAGCAGCGUUCGAGGCCGAGUCGUUCGGAAGGAGAUAUUGUACACGAGGCCCCAAAAUUUGAAAUCUAAGAAAGGUACAAUCGGAACGCCAAUCAAUUUGAUAGCGAAUUACCUUCCGCUCAUUAAACAGGGAAAAUGGUGCUUGUACCAAUAUCGCGUGGAUAUGGCCCCCGAUGUUGAUAAUACUAACAAAAGGAAGGACUUAGUACGCAUUGCUGUUAAAGACCUUCUGAAAGGCGGUUACUUAUUUGAUGGAACUGUGUUGUACACAACCCAACGAAUAAAUAAUGAUUCGGUUGACCUGUUUGUUGACAACAGUGGUGAGAAUGUCAGAAUUACUAUUCGAUUAGUAGGCGAUCUAGCAUGGGGUGACAUGCAUUACAUCCAGUUAUUCAACAUCAUAAUAAGAAAAUGUUUGAAACUGAUGGGACUGCAACAAGUGGGUCGAAACUACUUCAUGCCCGACAACAAGAUCGUCAUUUCGGAACAUAAGAUUCAACUGUGGCCUGGAUACUUCACUUCUAUGCGCCAACACGAAAAAGACAUUUUAUUAAAUGUUGAUCUUCAGUUCAAAUUUAUGAGGACUGAUACGGUUUACGACAAUCUACUUGAAUGUCAAGGUGCCAAUGCCAGGAAAGAAUUUCAAUCAAAAAUCAUUGGAAGUGUUGUUUUAACACAUUACAACAACAAAACUUACAAGAUUGAUGAUGUGGACUUCAAUAGUACACCUGCUCAUACAUUCAAGUUAAAAGAUGGCAGUGAGACCACUUUUAAAGAUUAUUUCAAAAAGAAAUACAACGUUGAUAUCCGCGUCAAAGACCAACCCAUGCUGAUUUCGAGAUCCAAACCCCGAGAGAUCCGUGCUGGAGUUCCAGAGACUGUGUAUUUAGUCCCAGAAUUGUGUCUUAUGACGGGACUGACCGACAGGCAACGAGAGAAUUUCAAUCUUAUGAAGAUGCUUGCAACACACACUAGAAUAGGCGUAGAAGGCCGCAUUAAGAAGUUGAUGGAAUUUUCUCAAAAACUUCACAACAAGCCAGACGUUGUUAAUGAAAUUCGUAGAUGGGGUCUAGAUGUUGGAAAUUCUUUAGUUAGAUUUCAAGGCCGGGUGUUGCCCCAAGAGACUGUGGUUGGUGGCAAUGAUGCCAAAUACUCUGCUGGACCCCAAGCUGACUGGACCAAAGAAUUACGAAGCAGGCCAAUGUUAUAUAUGCCUAAAAUGGAACGUUUGGCUGUGGUGUGCUCUCACCGCAAUAAGAGUGCCACACAAGAUUUUAUUCAGUUGUUGGCGAAGACUGCCGGUGGAAUGAGAUGGUCUCUUGGCAAUCCAAAGAUCUUCGAUAUCCAGGAUGAUCGUUCGGGGUCUUACAUCGAACAGAUCGAGAAGAUCAUCAACAUGAACCAACCAACAAUGAUUUUGGUUAUUCUUCCUAACAAUUCCACUGAGCGUUACUCCGCCAUUAAAAAGAAAUGCUACGUUGAUAGAGGCAUUCCCACGCAGAUGUUUGUUGCAAGGAAUUUCACGAGUAAAGGUGUCAUGUCAAUUGCUACGAAGGUUGCAAUUCAAAUGAAUUGCAAGAUAGGGGGAGCUCCGUGGUGUGUCCCCAUUCCACUUUCGGGUUUGAUGGUUGUGGGUUACGACGUGUGCCGCGAUACCGUCAACAAGAAGAAAAGCUUUGCCGGAAUAGUGGGUUCGCUUGAUAAAAACAUCUCCCGUUUUUACAACAUUUGUUGCGAACAUAAGAUGGAAGAGGAGUUGUCCGACAAUUUUGCCGCUGCAGUUGCAUUGUUAUGCAAACAAUACAGAGAACAAAAUGGACACUACCCAGAAAGAAUUUUGAUUUAUCGCGAUGGUGUCGGCGAGGGGCAAUUGCCGUUUGUAGUAGAACAUGAAGUUGCCAACAUCAAACGAAAGUUGCAAGAAGAGAUUUACAUCAAUGGUGAAGUGAAAAUGGCUUUUGUGGUUGUGUCGAAGCGUAUCAACACUAGGAUCUUUACCGAAAAGGACAACCCUCCACCGGGAACUGUCGUAGAUGAUGUGAUCACCUUACCCGAGAGGUAUGAUUUCUAUAUCGUGUCGCAGUGUGUAAGGCAAGGCACUGUUGCCCCAACUAGUUACAAUGUUAUUGAGGACAGUAUGGGAUUGCCCCCAGAAAAACUCCAGUAUUUGACGUACAAACUGACCCAUAUGUAUUACAAUUGGUCCGGCACUGUUCGUGUGCCAGCCCCCUGCCAGUACGCCCAUAAAUUGGCAUUUAUGGUGUCCCAAUACAUGCAUAGACCUGCCCACCACGAUUUGGACAAUGUGUUGUAUUACCUUUAAUUUUAAUUUGUCGGAGAUUUUUUUAGACGUCGCAAAUGUAGUAAUUUGCGCUGUCACAUUCCUAAGUUCAGUUUUAGUAUUGUUCAAUGAGUGUUAAUUUUUUUUAUAUUAUGAUGCGUUACUGAAAUACGCUUGUCGUUUAUAAGAUAUUACGUUAAAUUUUUACGAGAAUCUUUAAAUAAGUCCUUUGUUAUAUUUUUGUAUGUAACAAGAGAGAAUAAAACUCUUUUACAAAAAAGAA